UCUCGUUUGAACUUUCCUCAUUACUUGGUAAUGAUUCCAAGGACCCCGAAGAAAUCGUAGAGUUUCUUCGUACGAUACCCGCUGAUAAAAUCGUCAAAGUGCAACAUCGAUUUCUCCUUCCACAGUACGGCUUUAAUCUACAACUUAUACCCAUGAUUGACAAUGAUGUAAAAAGACCGUUGUUUCCAUGUUCUAUUCAUCAAUUGCUCAAUGAUGAUAAUGAUAUACCAAUCAUAGUUGGUUAUACUUCUCAUGAAUAUUUAUUAUAUCUUAAAGAUUCUAGUGAAAAUACUUUGAAACUGAUCUACCAAGACUUAGAGUAUCAUGUGAGAAAUGCAAGAAAUUUACAAGAUCCGGUAAAAAUGGCGCAGCUGAUGGAACGCAUCAAGCAAUGGUAUUUUAAUGGAAAACCAUGUACUGAAAACAGUAUCCUGUCCAUCAUACAAUGUAUGAGUGAUAUUUAUAUAAAUAUACCUACUACAGAAUUCGUAAAUAGCCGAAGGAAGAAGAAAGAGGCAGUGACAUACUUUUAUAAGUUUUCUUAUGUCGGUAGUCAGAUAACUACUAAACAUAUGCUGGGACGCAAAGUGCCUAUGAUUGGAGCGGCUCAUGAUGAUGAGUCAUCAUAUCUGUUUUACAUACCUAAAUAUAAAGUUAAUGAUCCUCAACCACCGGUCAUAGGCACAAGAGAUCGGAAAGUAGUAGAAGCUCUCACAAGUAUGUGGACGAAUUUUGCGAAGAGUGGAAAUCUAACGCCUGCCAGUGAUCAGAAUGUAACUGCCACUUGGUUGCCAGCAACAGCAGAUGCCUUGAAUUACUUAGAAAUCAACGACGCUUUACAAUGUGCAAAGAUUUCAGAUUUUACUAAUAUAUUUCAAGAAUCUGAUGAAUAGUAUAAGUCUGUUUAACCAUUUUUAAAUUACCCAAGGAUUCAAUGCAGAAUAUGCAAUAAAGUAAAAUUUAUUGUCAAGUAUUUCAUAACAGAAUUAAUCUGUAAAGAAAGCAGGAUUAUGUUAUUCAUGAAUCUGACAAUUAUUUUAAACAAGGAAUAUUAAGAAGUUAAUAUAAAAAAAA